GAAGCCCGGCAGGACUUCUCUCCAUCGUCAUGGAUAGACUGGCCUUCUGCUGCCUGCUCUUCGUGGGACUCCUGAACCCACUCCUGUCCCUUCCAGUCCCUGACACCGGGGAGAAGGCUCCUCAGCAUCCAGUGCUUGAAGAAGAUGCUCGGCUGGCUCUGGAAGAGCUGGAGAGGGUUGCCCUCCUGCAGACACUCCGACAGACAGUGGGCACAGAGGCAGGUGGAGGCCUCAGCGAAGCAGAUCCCAAUGAUGAUACUCCCACCCCAAGGGGAAGCUUGAGAAAGGCUUUCUCUGGACAAGAUUCUAACACUGUACUGAGUCGUCUUUUGGCAAGAACCAGGAAACAACAUAAACAACACGGGACUGUCUCGGAGUGCUUCUGGAAAUACUGCAUUUGAAGAGAUAGGAACAUCAAAUAUCUCAUCAGAAUCACCACUUUAGAAAACUAAAAAAGGAAGAUGCCUGAAGACAAAUCAGGCUAA